AUGGCUGCAACUUCUGUCAAUAACUUAAAUUUUCCUUUACUAUCCGAGAAGAAUCUAAUUGAUGAGGAAAAACUCAUAGCCUCUGAUUCUCCAAACAAAAAUGAAGUCUCUUUUAUUCGAACAUGUUUCAAUGGACUCAAUGCAAUAUCAGGUGUUGGAAUACUAUCAGUUCCAUAUGCUUUAGCCUCAGGAGGGUGGCUAAGUUUAGUACUUUUAUUUUCUAUUGCUGCAGUAACAUUUUACACUGGUUUAUUAAUGAAAAGAUGCAUGGAAAAGCACUCCAAAAUUAGAACAUUUUCUGAUAUGGGUGAACUUGCAUUUGGAAAAACAGGAAAAUUAAUAGCAGCAAUAUCAAUGUACUCUGAGUCCUACUCUCUUCUAAUAGGUUUCAUGAUUCUUGAAGGAGACAAUUUGAGUAAUUUAUUUCCUAUUGAAGAGUUUCAGGUGUCUGGCAUAUUAAUUGGUGCAAAGCAAUUCUUUGUUAUAUUGGUUGCACUAAUUAUUUUACCAACAGUUUGGUUGGAUAAUUUGAGUUUUCUUUCUUAUGUAUCUGCAAGUGGUGUCUUGGCUUCUGCUAUUAUUAUACUCUCAAUAAUAUGCACUGCAGCAUUUGAUGGAGUUGGUGUUCAUCAAAAGGGUGAUUUAGUUAAUUGGAAUGGUAUCCCUACAGCUGUUAGCUUGUAUACAUUUUGCUAUAGUGCACAUCCCAUUUUUCCAGUUCUCUACACUUCCAUGAAGAACAAACGUCAAUUUUCUAAUGUCCUAAUUGUAUGCUUCAUGUUAGCAUCUAUUGGUUUUGCAACUAUGGCUAUAAUUGGGUACUUAAUGUUUGGUUCAAAAGUUGAAUCACAGAUAACAUUAAGCUUACCACUAAACAAAAUAAGUUCAAAAAUAGCAAUAUACACAACCUUGGUGAAUCCAAUGUGUAAGUUUGCAUUGAUUGCAAUACCAAUUACAAAUGCUCUAAAAAAUUUACUUCCAAGGACAUACAAGAAUAAUAGAAUGGCCAACAUCUUUAUGAGUACUAUUCUUGUAAUUAGUAUUGUUAUUGUUACAUUCACACUUCCAUUUUUUGGAACUCUCAUGUCAUUGGUUGGAGCAUUUCUAACUGUCACAGCUUCUAUUUUGCUUCCUUGCACAUGUUACUUGAAGAUUUCUGGCAGUUACAAAAAUUUUGGGUUUGAAACAAUGGCAAUAGUGAUAAUAAUAUUAGUUGCUAUAGUGAUGGGAAUAUCAGGAACAUACACUUCAAUUGUUGAACUAGUAGAAAUGUCUUCUAACAAGUAG